GUCACAUGAGUCCUGACGUCAUGCCUUUACGUGAUAUGACUUUAUGAUUGCACGGAAGCGCUGAACAUCAGACAACAAGAUGGCAUCACACCCGGGAGGCGGCGAUCAAGGCAAUACUAAAGACCAGAUACUGGAAGUAGGAGCUGUUUUGUUAAAAGAUUUCAUCUACGAGCGGGUUCAGCGGCAUGGAGAUACUUCAGUGACCAGAGCACAGCUGGGUGGAGGAGAGCUAUGUGACCCAAACCACAAGAAGCUCGCCAUGUGCUUGCAGCAGAUUGGAGAUGAGCUGGAUGGAAAUAUAGAGCUCCAAAAGAUGAUAAACAACUCUUCGAUCAGUCCCACUAAAGAGAUGUUUAUGAAAGUCGCCAUUGAGAUCUUUUCAGAUGGAAAAUUCAACUGGGGCAGGGUGGUUGCACUGUUCUACUUUGCCUGUCGACUCGUCAUCAAAGCUCUUGUGACUAAUGUUCCCGAUAUCAUCCGAACAAUAAUCAGCUGGACCAUGGACUACCUCCGGGAAAAUGUGAUCAACUGGAUCAGGGAGCAAGGUGGCUGGGAGGGUAUUCGGUCCCACUUUGGCACACCCACAUGGCAGACGGUGGGAGUUUUCUUGGCUGGUGUUCUCACCACUGUUCUAGUCAUUCGCAAGAUGUGAGGUGUUUGUGAUGAGCAGACGUGAAAGAUGGGAAGACGGACGCCUGAGGGAAAUUGGGACGGGAACGGGAACAUCUGAAAGAGAACAGAAAGAAGUUAUGGCAGAGUGAACAAGUUGAACAGGAAGAGCUUGUAUUAGGACACGAAGAGCCAGUCUUCGUUCCUGUCUCCUUUUCAUUUCCAAGGAUUGGGAGUUAGACUGAAUGCACUGUCGCACCCAUGAUUCCUGUGCCACUGAGGAAGUGAGCGGAGCAUGAUUACAUGCUUAAAAUGGGGGGGGUGGAGAGUUUGUCAGACUUUAACAGGGAAUGCAUUUUAAGUAAUUUAUUUUUUACUUGGUACAGACAAAAAUAGUCACGCAUUCUGUUUUCUGCCCAUAAAAAUAUAUGGACUGAACAUUUUUGAAAUUAGAGUUUCCUUUUUUUGCUUUAUUUUCAUUUCACUUUCGUUCCAUUCAGAUUGCUUUUCUGAUCUUCCCGCUCUCUCCAUCCACCUCAUCCCGGUGCCUGUAUGCUAGAAGAAAUCCAUCUUCAUAUGUAUCUGUGAGUGUUAACUGGUGUAAAUCUGUAAUGAUCUGCUAGCAAUGAACACAUUGGACGGUGGUCACAUCCCACCGAGAGAUAUUUUUGCAAACAAUUAUUAGAUUUACUAAGCAUAUACAUAUAUACCAAGCAAAUGACACAUCCAAUUAUAUUUGGGCUCAAAUAAACCUGAAUAAUCUCUCCCCUUGAAUACACAACUCAACCUUAUUUCAGUGGUUAACAAAAGUGCCACAACAGGAAUUUGUGUACAAAGUUAUAUUACGUUAAGCAUUGUGACCUUAAUGUGGCUUCCACUUAAAACAAACAACCCUGCCUAUUAGUGUCUGUGACAUUUCACGUGGUCUAUGGAAGAUGUUGUACCGCAGACGCAGAAAGCAUUAGAUUGCUCACAGAUGCUUACCUCAUUUCACACAUACCGUACUGUACGUUUACUUGAGAUAUUCAAACUGCAAUCUUUAUCUACACAGCAAAUGGCUUUUUAUACAUACUUCUUUGUUUGUCAGUGCCUUGGUGUUUUUUUUACUAUGAAAUCACUUUGAUAUUCUCAACUUUUCACCUUUUUCUAUCACAUUUGUAAAGCUCAAAUUAGUUUCCAGUCCCCCCCUGAAAAUCAUUUUGCUGUGAUCUUGUCUUUGUAAUAUGGAAAAUAAAUCUUAUAACUCUGA